GAAUGCGGUGAGAGUGAGGCUCAGCGGGCACAGGGAAAGUGGGGGAUUCCAGGAACAGCGGCACAUGAAAACGUGGGCGAAGGUAGAAAAAGAGUGGAGAGGAAGCGGGGACAAAAGAGAGGAAAGAAUAGAAGGGUAGACACAAUAAAUGAAAAAAAAGGAGGGGCCGAGUGCUCAGAGAAGACUUCGAUAGCAAAAGAGAAAGACAGGAGAGACAGACAGACAGAGAACAGGAGCGGAACCAAAAUUCGUAAAGACGGAAGGAUAGAAAGUGACAUAAACUGUAAAAUGAUCCGAAGAGGUAAUUAGAAACGGGGACGCUUUUAAUUGUGGGACACUCAGGUCUUGCUCGCCUGUCCCCCAAGCUAGGGAGAAUCCUUUAGAGAGUGAGUCUAAAGUGAGUGUUACUGCCGAGAGUUCCCUGGAAACUGCGAGAGGAGUUGAGGUGAUCUACAGGUGGCUCUGUAAUAGGCUGGCAGUGCCGUCCUACGCGGUCGUCCGGCCAGGAAUUGUAGAGAGAGCUCUUCUCACAGUGAGAGGGACCUCCCCAGAUCUCCAAAUUUCUGCACUUGUCACUCCAGGAACAUGGAGAAGUCUAAGAACUUCAGGAUCGACGCUCUGUUAGCCGAAGAGCCUGCCCGGGCGGUGCCGAGCUCUUCUCCUCCGGUGCUGAGUCCCAACUCGAUGCCCGAGAGUUCAGCGGGGAGCCCGGGCUCCUGCAUCCGCACCGACACACCGUCUCCCCGGGGAACGAUGGGCGCCGUGUCUCUGGCUAGUGGGAUCAUCCCCAAGCCGGGUCUACUCAACCUGCAGCCCCCAGCACUUGGCUCUCUGUCCCACUCCGCUUUGCCCGCCAUGUACGGGCAUCCCGUCUACACCUAUCCGGCAUUGGGAGCCCACCACCCAGCUCUAUCGUACGGGCCUUUCCCGCAGCUCGCUCAGCCACACCCCGAGCACCUCAAGGCGGCCGCCGCCGCGGGCUCUUUCCAGCUCGAUCACUGGCUCCGGACUCAAGCCGCCGGCAUGAUGAUACCUAGACUACCCGACUACAACAGCCAGCCUCAGUCAGGUCUGAUGGGGAAGUGUCGGCGGCCACGGACGGCCUUCACCAGCCAGCAGCUCCUAGAGUUGGAGAACCAGUUCAAGCUCAACAAGUACCUCUCCAGGCCAAAGCGCUUCGAGGUCGCCACGGCCCUCAUGUUGACAGAGACCCAGGUGAAGAUUUGGUUCCAGAACCGACGGAUGAAAUGGAAGCGGAGUCGGAAAGUCAAGGAACAGGUGGCUCAGGAGGCUGAGAAACAGCGGGCUGGCAAGUACUUGGAGAAAGCAGUUGGGGGCGAAAGCAGAUCAGAGCCAGAGGGUGUGGAUUUCAGCACCCACACCACAUUUCUCCAGUGCAACACAGAACUGGGCUACACGUCAAACAGCUCCUGCUCAGAAGACGAAGUGACCCGGAAGGAAGUGAAAAUGGCCCCGGCUUUGUGAAUUACUUUGUGCAACUUCCUAAUGAACAUGAACAGCCUACUUUCUUUCUGUCUCCCAGAAGUGCACUCUGCCCAAAUGAUAGGUCCUAGUGCCUGCCCGGUUUGUUCCUCUCUCUCUUCCUCUGUUUGAGAUUUCUUUAAAAUUCAGCCAAGGGGAAAUGAUAAAAAAUUCUGACUUCUGCAAAAGAAAACUGAAUAAAAAAGAGAGGCAGUGCUGGACUGGCUGGGCAUGAAGAUUAUAUUGUACUGAGUUAAUUUAAUUUAUUUUUUAUUUUGUCAUAUUUAAUGUGAAUUAUUAUAUACUAUAUUUUGGGAAGACAUCUCUGGGUCCACGAAGGGCUGCUGGUUUGAGGACUUAAUGGACAAAAAAAUGAGUAUAAAAUAAGAACAAAAAGGAAAGAGACACUUUAAAAAUGAAGUAUCUUGGAAAUGAAAGAAAAGAAGCGAUUUGAAAGAAUUGGGAAUGUUUUUAAUUUAUUCAAAUACUGUGAAUUUUAAGUGUUUUGUGGAUCUUUACAUUUCUGCUUUAUAUUAUGUAACAUUCAAGGAAACACACCCGGCUGAUGUCACAGAAUCUCAAAUACAGAUGUGUACAUAUGUAUGUGCGUGGAUGUGUGCAAAUGUGAAAGCGUGUGCGUGUAAUUGAGAGCAAGCAUGUGAAUGAGCAUGGGUAAUUGUGUGUGUGUGUGUGUGUAACUAGAUGUGAGUACACAUAUCCAUAAGACCUAGGAGCAGAAUUGAGCCUUUUGGCCCAGUGAAUAGGCUCUGCUAUUCCAUCAUAGCUGAUUUAUUAUUCCUCUCUACCCCAUUCUCCUGACUUAAUCACCCUUGCUAAUCAAGAACCUAUCAGCUUCUACUUUACAUGUACUCAAUGACCUGGCCUCCACGGCUGUCCAUGGCAAUGAAUUCUAUAGAUGCACCACCCUCUGAUUGAAGAAAUUCCUCCUCAACUCUGUUCCAAAGUGAAGUCCUUCUAUUUUGAGACUGUGCCCUCUGGUCCUACACUCUCCCAUUAUAGGAAUCAUCCUCUUUCAAUAUUCGAUAGGUUUCAAUGAGAUCCUCGCUCAUUCCUCUAAAUGCCAGUGAGUACAGGCACAGAGGCAUCAAAUGUUCACCCUUCGUUAAUCCUUUCAUUCCCAGGAUCAUUCUUGUGAACUCCCUAUGGACCAUCUCUAAUGCCAGCUCAUCCUUUUUCACAUAAGGGGCCCCAAACUGCUCAAAGUAUUCCGUGACCAAAGCCCUCUAAAACCUCAGCAUUAUAUCCUCACAGUUUUAUAAUGUAUGUUCUGGAAGUUGCAAAAUGCUUGUGGUAUUGGCUGGUGACAAACUGACUUCUCUACUUUUUGAACCAAAUCUGUGUCCUUCCCUUUAAAGCACCCAUUGUCUGUCUGGAGCUUUCUUCUCUUUGAUGUCUGUCUCUGGAUUCUUGUCUGCAGUAUCCUAAACCUUGUACAAAGCAAAUGCUUGACGCGCUUGUAAAUGUGAAUAUUAA